CAUCCAAUCUGCCCAUAGCAAAACCUGCUCAUGUAUAGAAUAUGCGAAAGAAGCCUGAAAAAGUUCUCUAGAAAUUCCUUCUGUCAAGUUGUUUGUUUGUUUCGGGCGCACUUUUGCAAAUCGACAAGAAACCCCUUUUUCAAACACCUGUACUGCUCUGUGUAGCGCAAAAUAUCAUCUCGGAUUGUUUUUGGAAAGUUUGAGCUUAAAGAACAGACGCUCUUGGCCUGUUCUGCGCGUCCUAGCCGUGGGAUAGCACCAUGGACUUUCUACGUAACUACGAAGCGGACGAGCAAGAGGAAGAAUCGGAGGACAUGGACUCGCAUCGGGAACAUACCGCGUCACCGACCGGUUCAUCGAGCUCCUCCUCCACGAAGGCCGGAUCACCCGAUAGAAGUGGCCACGCUAAACCAUCUUCCGCACGCCGUAAUGAUGAGAAGCAUGACGAUAGGAAGGAGGAAAAGAACCAUCAGCACAACUCGCGCAAGAAGCUGCAUGAGAACUCAUCGUCGCCCAGCGAUAGUCGCCGCUCGCGAUCCUCCUCCCGCUCGACGGACGGUUCCGGCUCCAGGUCUCGAUCGCGCACCCCAUCGCCCACAUUGCGUAGCAAAAGAAAUGGUGCCGAUGCUCACAAAUCGGCACAGAAAAGAUCUUCGGCUGGCAAGGAUAGCAAGGGUAGACAAUCGAAAUCACCGCAAGAUCAUCAUCGUCGCAGUACGGGUUCUGUCUCACAAACAGGCAGUGGCCCCAGUAGCAAUAAGAGCCCUGCGAAGGCAGACCAACAGGACAGACGCAAAUCUUCCCCACCGAAACAGGAUGCAAGCAGACGCGAUCGAAGCACAUCCCGUGAUCGGGAUCGUAAAAAUCGAGAAAAAGAACGUGAUCGUACGCGAGAUCGUGAGCGUGAACAGCACCGCAAUCGGGAGCGGGAACGUGAUCGGAAUCGUGAUCGGGACCGUGAACGAGAACGGGAGAAGAACCGGCAAAAGGAUCGUGAUCGUAAUCGCGAUCGGGAACGGGACAGAGAACGGGAACGAGACAGAGACCGGGAACGCAAUCGUCAUGAUCGUGGUGGUGAACGUGGUGCGACUCGCGAUUCACGAGGUGGCGACCAUCGUGAUCAGCGUCGAAGUGGAAGCAACUGGAGCAAAUCCAAUGAUCGAGACAAUAACCGACGCGGGUACGAUCGAAAGGAUGAUCGUAAGGACAAGCGAAGCGGCCGAGAUUACGAUAAGGAUCACCGUAGGAACCGUCGCUCAAACUCACGCGAGUCCCGCAACCGUCGGCGCUCUCGCUCUCGAUCCCGGUCGCGCUCGCGGUCGUGCGGUAAACCUUCACCACCGCGGGCCAGCCAGCAACAAACACCAACGUUACACCCACCCUACGCUGGCGGGCUGCUUCCAACACCAACCAGCCGAUUUUCACAAAACCCCACACCUCUGUUGCCCACUCCGCCCGCCACCCAAUCGCUGUUAGGAGUGCCUGCAGCACUACCUUCUUCAACUGCUGGCAUACCGUCCUUGAUGAGCAUCCCAACGAAACCGCCGCUCGGUUCGCUUAUUCCGCCAGCCGUUGCAGCCAAGCUCAACCUCUCGAACGAAGCUAAAGCAGUCCAGCUGGGUCUGCCGCUCCCUCAAGGUGCUCAACCUGCUCAAGAUCCAGCCAUCGCGAACAUACUGCUAUCCCGUAGCGCAUUGCUGCGUAAUACCGCGAAGGCGGCGCAGCUGGAAAAGAUGGGCAUCGAUGUGCUGCAGCAGAGCCAGAAAGCGGUCGACAGUGUGCCGCUCCCUUCGUACUACAAUCCGGGCGUUGUGAAUCCGGUCCGAUACGCGGAUCAGGUGCAGAAGCGCAAACUGCUUUGGAGCCACAAAACAACCGAAAGCAAGGAGGUGUCCUCGAACAUUAGCAAAUGGGAGCAGGCCAAGUUUGCCCAGGACACUGACGGACGGGUAGCGUCCAAAUUUCUCCGACUGAUGGGUGUCAAGGAUCCGAAGCCAGGCGAAGAAACGACCUCCCCGCCACCAUCCACCGCCGGCACUUCUUCGUCGCUCACGGCCACGGCCAGAUCAGGCGGCAGUGCUGGUGGAAUGGCGAGCAGUGGCGGCACGUCAAACGGCGGUGGCAAAGCGUCGGGAGAUAGUAUUAAGAAGCAGGAGGAACUGUUCUCCACGAUGGAACAGCAGUACGAGGUUGCGCGACAGGUGACCCACACGAUGCGUGGCGUUGGCCUUGGUUUUAGCUCCCAAGCUCGUCAGUUCUAAGCAGAGUCGGUUGUGUUUUUUUGUUUGUUUGUUUGUUUUGUUCGGUUGCUAUUAGCUGCAUAGAGUGUAGACCGGAAAAACGUCCUGCUCUUGGGAUGGACGCAGCUAGAGCAAAGCAUCAUUAUGAAAUAAACGGAUUACACUGUGAAGCCCCUCCUUCCUGACAAGCGGA